AUGUUUGGAUUUGGUGCAAUUGCUGGAUUUGGUGCAUUUGGUGCAAUGGAUGAAUUUGCAAAUCUUGGCAGAGAAAUUGGGAAAAAUGUAGAAUUGGAUGUCACUAUGGAACUUGAUGGGGGUUUGUCAGAACCGGCUAAUAGGUGGCAAAAGUAUGAUACUAUUGAAGAAAUGAUUGCUGGAGAAACUGAAUUAAAAAUGAUAAACUACGACCAACUCUCCGAUAUAAAGUUUCUUGUCAAAGGUGGUUGUGGAUCAGUGUAUUCUGCAAAUUAUUUUAAUGAACAAGAAGGAAAAAGCUCUAGAGUAGCUUUGAAAAGUGUCUUUAAUUUAGAAAGCAAUCAACAUGAAUUUAUGGAUGAAGUGGUUCAUCAUACACAUGUAAAAGAUAGGAAUUAUAUUCUCCAAAUUCAAGGGGUUACUCGAGACCCUACUACUUUAGAGUAUCUCAUGGUGAUGGAAUUCUCAAACUUCGGAUCUUUGCGGGAUUACCUUCAAAAAAAUCAUUUGAACCUUACAUGGAAACAACGGGUGAAUCUUUUAUAUAACAUAGCGUAUGGUCUUAGAGAAAUUCACAUGGUGGGACUAUUGCACACUGACUUUCAUAGUGGGAACUUGUUGCUUUUUGGUGAAAAGAUUUAUGACUGGAGAUUUGAUAACAAUAAAUUGGCAGAACUUGAAAAGGCCGAAGUUUUAAAUCGAAAAGAAAAGGCUAAUAAUAGUAAACCUGUACCCAAUUUUCUAUCUGCAAAACAAACGACAAAGCAAUGGAUAGAUUAUAAAUCGAAUCAAUUUGAACUUGUGGUUCCGGAUUAUAUUACAACUCAAGUUGGAUUAGAAAUUCCAGAUGAAUUAUAA